GCGAGCUAAACUGGAAGCGCUGAACCUGCGAGGUGUGUGCUGGCGGGUUGAGCGGAGUCUUGGCGGCCAUGGCUCCCAACGUCCCCGCGUCCGAAGCGGCCACAGAGUGUCCUAAAGGCAUCCGGGCCGUGCUGCUGGGGCCGCCCGGGGCCGGCAAGGGUACCCAGGCACCCAAAUUGGCCGAAAACUUCUGUGUUUGCCAUUUGGCUACUGGGGACAUGCUGAGGGCCAUGGUGGCGUCUGGCUCAGAACUGGGAAAAAAGCUGAAGGCCACUAUGGAUGCUGGAAAGCUGGUGAGCGAUGAAAUGGUAGUGGAGCUCAUUGAGAAGAAUUUGGAGACCCCUCGAUGCAAGAAUGGUUUUCUUCUAGAUGGCUUCCCUAGGACCGUGAGGCAAGCAGAAAUGCUCGAUGACCUCAUGGAGAAGAGGAAAGAGAAGCUUGACUCUGUGAUUGAAUUCAGCAUCCCGGACUCUCUGCUGAUCCGAAGAAUCACAGGAAGGCUGAUUCACCCUCUGAGUGGCCGUUCCUACCACGAGGAGUUCAACCCCCCAAAGGAACACAUGAAAGAUGACAUCACUGGGGAACCCUUGGUCCGCCGAUCAGAUGAUAAUGAGAAGGCCUUGAAAAUCCGCCUGGAGGCCUACCACACUCAGACCACCCCGCUGGUGGAGUACUACAGGAAACGAGGGAUCCAUUCUGUCAUCGACGCCACCCAGACCCCUGACAUCGUGUUUGCCAGCAUCCUAGCGGCCUUCUCCAAAGCCACAUCCUAGUAACAGAAGGCCAGGCGAGACUGCACCACUCUUCAUCACCCCACGGCGUGAUCCCUGCUCUUUAGGUGCUGGGCAGAGGGGAGGGGUGGUCAGGGUGAGGAUGGAGAGGGAGGAAUGAGGAGGGCCCAAAAGGAGUAACGAAGAGCAGCAAUGUGGUAGUGAGGCCAUCUCUUUCACACGUCCUAGAGGAGUCUGAGAAAGUACAGAGGAGGGGUGAAAUAAAAAAAAAAAACAAAACACAUUAAAGGCUGUAAAUAGAAAUAGGGAGGUGCAGUAUUGUUUCUGAGGAAUCCAGGUUUCAUUUACUGUGGAUUGGUGACAAUAUAUUUUAAAGCCAAAUGCCCUGAGACCUCAGUUUUUAUCUCAGAGCCUCAUGGGUUGCCAGCCUAAGAAUGCAGGAAGUCAAACUGUUGUUCUGUCUUUCUGAAAGCUUGGAACAGGGCGGGGGUUUGACUCCUGGCCCUGGUUCUCUGCACCAUGAGACAAAAGAUCAUCUCCACGUCGUAAAGAGAUGGGGUGGGGUGGGGGGGGGCGUGUUCAUGGGGGCGGUGGCUCAGCCAAUCACGUUUACUGGAGUUGUGGGGAAGGCGAGGCUGGUCUCCCUCCUAACGACACACUGCUGUUUGCCGGUCCACCCUUUCUCAUGGGUCAGCUCCCAGCAGCCACCCAGCAUCCCUGCACUCUUACCAUCUUGCAUCCACGAUGUGGGAAGGGACCCUUGUUAAUAAACGAGCAAGUGUCCUAAGCAACAUAAUCCAAAGAUUGUCCUUUCCAUCCUCAAAUCCUGUGACUGGGAUCACUCGUCAGCACUGUGAUGUAUUAUUUUCAAUGAGGUGCCUUUCUUAACUGACCAAAUGCUGCCUUGUUUGGCCCCUAAAUCAAUAAAGUAUGUUAAAAAUUUGUA